CAGGCUCCGAUCCCAUCCCCGUCCCGCUCUGCCUGGCCUCUGUCGCGGGGUCGCAUCGCAUGCCUCCAUGCCUUGGCUGGCAGCAUUUACUAUUUAGCCGAGGUGUGGGUGGGGGCGUUGGCGGCAACCGGCAACACCGUCCUCCCCUCCCCCUCCUCCUCCCGCGUGCUCUCCUCUCCUAUCCUCUCUGCCCCCGGUAACUACAACUGUUGGAGUAGGCCCGGGUUGGCCACGGCCGCCACACUGCUCCGCUCUGCUCUCUGAAGGCAUUGCCUGCGCGGCUUCUUCCUCCGCCGGCGUCGGUCCGCGAGUUGUUGGCAUGGCCGCCGCAGGGACGCAGCUAGGCCGGCUUCUGGGCGGCCUAUGGUUCCUGGCCGCGUUGCUAGGACGACCGGGCGCCACGGCGGCGGCCGCCGGGCAGCCGGCGGCACCAGCGGUGGCCGCCGUCGACGGGCGGCGCGCCGUCGCGGCGACCGGGGAGGACUUCGUGUGCGCGACGUUGGACUGGUGGCCGCCGGACAAGUGCGACUACGGCACCUGCGCCUGGGGCCGCGCCGGCCUGCUCAACCUGUUUCUCUCUGUCCUCUCGCGCCGCCGCAGGAUCUCUCCAACAAGGUCCUGCUCAAUGCCGUCAGAGCCUUCUCGCCGCCGCUGCUGCUCCGCCUGGGAGGGUCGCUGCAGGACAAGGUGAUGUACGGGUACGGCGCCGGGCGGCCGUGCGCGCCGUUCGUCAGGAACGCGUCGGAGAUGCACGGCUUCUCGCAGGGCUGCCUGCCCCUGCGCAGGUGGGACGACCUCAACGCCUUCUUCCGGAGAUCCGGUGCCAAGGUCGUGUUCGGGCUCAACGCGCUCAACGGCCGCGUCCCGUUGCCGGACGGGUCCAUGGGAGGGCCGUGGGACUACACCAACGCGGCGUCGCUGAUCCGGUACACCGCGAACAAGGGCUACCGAAUCCAUGGAUGGGAGCUUGGGAACGAACUGAGCGGCACUGGAGUGGGAGCUCGGGUUGGCGCGGACCAGUACGCCGCAGACGUGAUCGCCCUGAAAGCGCUAGUCGACGACGUGUACCGGAGCGAGCCAUCGAAGCCGCUGGUGGUUGCUCCCGGAGGAUUCUUCGACCAAGCCUGGUUUACUGAGCUUGUCGUCAAGACCGGGCCGGAUCUACUGAGCGUGGUCACGCACCACGUCUACAAUCUAGGACCAGGAAGGGACACGCACCUGAUCGACAAGAUCCUCGACCCGUCAACCCUCGACGGGAUGGUCAGCACGUUCAGCGACCUCCAGCGGCUGCUCAAGUCCACGGGGACGUCGGCUGUGGCGUGGGUCGGGGAAGCCGGAGGCGCCUACAACAGCGGCCGCCACCUCGUCACUGACGCGUUCGUGUUCAGCUUCUGGUUUUUAGAUCAGCUUGGGAUGGCAGCGAGGUUCGACACCAAGAGCUACUGCAGGCAGAGUUUGGUCGGCGGCAACUACGGCCUGCUAAACACCACGACGUUCCAGCCUAACCCUGACUAUUACAGUGCUCUACUGUGGCAUCGCCUCAUGGGGACCAAAGUUCUAGCAGUAACAUUCAGCGGCACGAACAAGAUCCGCGCGUACGCGCACUGCGCGAGAGAUUCACCAGGAAUCACUCUGCUGCUGAUCAACCUGAGCGGCAACGCCACCGCGCGGGUCUCGGUGACGGCCCAAGGGGCUGCCGCGGCGCACGCGCACAGGCACAGGCACGACGCGAGGAAGCACGGCGGCGGCAGGAAGUUCCGGCACGUGCACGUCCCCGGCUUCGCCGGCGGCGGCGAGGCGGCGGCGGGCGCCGUGAGACACGAGUACCACCUCACCCCCAAGGACGGCGACCUGACGAGCCAGGUCGUGAUGCUGAACGGCAGGGCGUUGGCCACCGACGCGGCGGGGAACAUCCCCGCCCUGGAGGCGGUCGAGGUGGACGCGGCGCGGCCCAUCGCCGUCACGCCCUACUCCAUCGUGUUCGCUCGCGUUCCGCAUUUCAGUGCCCCGGCGUGUAGGGUAGACCGGUAGAGUAGCGGUUUAGAUGGGUAGAUUCAUAAUGGGUUUGGCGUGAUUGGUGAUGAUGGACAGCUAAGCUUUCCAUCUGGUGAGAUGAGGUGAAGUGAGGUGCAAGGCAUCUGUCGAAAGAAAAGGGAUGCAAUGCAAUGGGGGUGAGUUUGUUUUCUUUUUACGAUUGGAAUUGUAAAAGGUCGAAGAAAUUUAUGAUGAUCAGCGAUGGGAAAGGGAAAAACUCGUUCCCGUUUGUCUUUCUGUUCA